AUGAGGUGUAAGAACCAUUACACUGACCUCACCAGCACCAUCGGCGUAUGCUCUUGUUGCCUCCGUGAACGUCUACUCUGUGUAAUCGCUGCUCAAGAACAAGCUCAAUCUCAAUCUCCGCUUCAAAACCCUCACAAUUCCGACAAUAUUCCGCCGAUACACCACCGCAAACGCAACCAGUCAGACGGAGCUACCGCCUGGUCCGAUAACAACGAUCGUCUUCAUCAUCCUCGUUCUGCGCCACAUCAUCGGCGUAUCAUCUCCGAUCAACUUUUUUAUCAGACGCCGGAGCUAGAUCCUACUUCCGUCGGUAACGGUAACGGAAAAAGCUCCAGCGGUUACUCUAGUAAGAAACGGAGUUUCAUUAGGUUUUUUUCGUUUACGAACAUUUUCAGAUCUAGAAAUCGGAAAUCAGUUACGGUUACGGUUACGGAACCUAGGGUUUCAGAUUCAGUUUCAGUUUCAGUUUCAGAUUCAGAUUCAACUUUCCGGCGGCAUUAUGGCGGCGGUGGUGCGGUGCGGCGACGUAACUGCCGAGAUCGAGGAAUGUCACCGGUGAGAAACUCAGACACCGGCGGCGAUGAAGAAGAAUCGAACGCGUCAACGGAGUCGUGGAGAAACACGCCGCGGCGGACUCCGGCACGGCGCGGCGGUGGAGGACACUCGCGGCAGUUAUCUGGUUUAGCAUUUUGUUUGAGUCCUUUGGUGCGUGCAAGCCCUAACCGGCCGGAGGUUGUGUUGUCCGGCGAGAUUAGGGUUCCGGUGAAGCCUCAUUUAUCUGAUACGAAGUCGUUUAACGGUAAUAGAUCACGGAAACUUGCUGAUUUUGGGAGGAGUAAUCUGAACCGUUGA